GCAAGACAUCUCGUAGCAUGGUAGCGCAGUGGUUAUUUGAGGUUGGUGUUACUCGGACAACGUACAAAAACAAACUUGGGGAGAAGGUGAUUAGUUCUUAUUGCCAAGGAAUAGGUUUUGUAGUGGUGGCAGGAAUAACCAGGAAGUGUAAAGCACUCAGUAUAAAUAGACCACUAAAUGGAUGCCUUAAGGUCUCAUUGAGAGAUACAGGAAACAACUUUUGCCUGCUGGAAAGAUGUUGCACCUAGAAGAAAGCAGGUGGGGCGAAAAAUAAAGAAGUGAUCUACAGGCAAAUAAAUAAUGUACUCCUCUAUGCAGCCAAGCCAACAGAACAUGCUUCCAUUUGCUACUGACAGAUUUGCUUUCCAACCAUCUGCUGCAAAGUGGAACAGACCGACGGUGGAAAUCUCAUUUCAUACUCAAGUGUGUCUUGGUUGGAUGAACUGCAAGCAGGAAGUCAUUGCAUUAACUCAAAUGGGUAGACUAAGCAAUGCUGUAGGUACUGGGAUUAAGGACAAUCCCAGAAGCUGGAAGCUUCCAAUGCAGUCGGAGAUGUCGAUAAGAACAAUAAAAGAAGCCACCAAACAAAUACAAAGCUGUAACGGAAUAGAUUUAGUAAUAAGGUUUCAGCCUAUGUACCACCACCAGGUAAGCACUGCAUACUGCAUGCCUGAUUAUCAGAUCCCUGCUUCCAGUGUGUUAGCACACUGUAGCAAGCUUGUAUUCUCCAACAACUUGGCACCAAUGCAUGAAAUACUUGGUUUUAAGAAGCUGGGAAGGUUCAUUUAGGGAAGUGAUAGGAGCACAGGCUUCCAUGUUCUGGGACCAGAAAGUAAGGCAAGUUGCCUCCUGAAUUAGGAAGAGACCUUGACUGAAAGAGAUAAAAUUAAUAGAUCUUCCAUAUCACUAUGGGUUUUUUUUAGGUUUUGUUUCUGCAGCAGUACUAUAGGAAAGGCUAUGUUAAGUUUGGAAAGAAUUGCCUUUCUGCAGACAGAUUAAAAAAUACUCCUACUUAGUUGGAAGGGCACAAAGAAGCAUAGCGCAUUACCAAUGGCUGGCUGUAGAGAGUGCCAGUUAAAAGUUCAGUGAUGAAAUUGAAGCAGACAUCGGUGACCAGGGGUGGUGGUGUAGGGGACAGAAGGGGGAAAGAGAAACCAAGAACAGUAGACUAAAGAUAUGGCAUACAAAAUCUAAUUCAGCCACCUGCUUCUGUCAGGCUAAAUAUAAUGUGCUUUUUGCAUAUGGCCGUUGUUGGUGGAGGUGCAACUAAAUGUGAUCAUUUAAAACAAACCUGAUAAUAAAGGGCACUGCAAAGCUAUGAAUGUAAUAUAAGCGAGACAGGAUCUGUAAGAGAGGCAGUGCUUAAAACAUGGCUACUUAAGCUAUAGAAAAAACUCCAGAAGCAAAAACAAGACUUGCCACAGCAUCCAAUUGGAGUUUUAUUCUUCACUGGCCUUCUUUCAGCUGCAUACUAUAACAGACAAUGCUUAGCUUUAAGUACCAAUUUUAAGUACACUCCAGGCUUACUAAAUUGUGACGUUGAGAACAGAAAUAUCUGAUAAAACUCCUAACUUAAUUAGUUGAACUGUAAAUGUUCCUCAUUGGCUGGCCUGAGUUAAAUGUUCACCAGGCUUAAGACUUCAUGGAAAAAGUGAGUUUUGAGGAGAGAUUUGAAGGAAGAGAUGUAAGUAGCAUCACACAGGUAUUUGGGGAGGCAGUUCCAAGCAUAAGGUGCAGCAAGAGUAGAGUAAUUUGAGGGAGCAGGAGACCCUCAGCUGGAUGGAAGUGGUGGAGCAAAGGUCAAAGGAAGAAUGUAAGAGGGGAGAAAAGACGGUAAGGGUUUUGAAGAGGCGGGAAGAAGCCUGCAACGGAUCCAGCAGCAGAGAUAAAGUCAAUGUGCAGAUUAGAAGAGACAUCAUGCAAUCAGAACAAGAGGGGAUUUAUUUUGGCUACAGAAGACUGAGAAAGGAACACAACUUGGCAACAGACUGAACACAGAGGACAAAGGGGACAAAACAAAGCCAAGGCUACAUGGCUGUUCAACAGGGCAGAUGAUAACACAGUAAACUGAUAAAAGAGUAUUGAUGGGAAGGAGAGUUGGGAGAGAAUACUGAGUUGGAGAUGACAUAUGUUCAAGAAGAAACAAUGGAGGCUAAUGGAGUUACAGUUAAGGCACAGAGUACUUUCUAUGCUAUAUGAAAUGAAAAUUAGUUGCCAACACCACAGGUGGCUCUUCCUCACUCCCUGAAAGAUCUUGCAGUGCAUACAGCUAGCAACAACAGAAAAAGGAGGAGCCAGAAAGAUUCAACUAUGGAAAAGCCUUAAAACAUCAACCAUAUAAAUCAAGAUGCAAGCUCAGAAAUUGUAAAAUAAACGGUGCUCUGUAUUACUCUAUGAACCUUGCAUCGGAUUAUUAAGAAGUGACUUAGUGCAGCUUGCAGCUAGGUUUUUUUAAGCUUUUAAGUAAAUCUGAAUGGAACAAUCUUCCAAGCAAGUAUGUUUUGGGUAAGACUUAUAUACAUCAAAAAUAUUUUGAAGGGGAAAUCUCCCCCCACCCCCGUUCUCCACUAAGCAGACACACUGGACAUGGCCUCUCUCCACCUAUUCCCAAAGGUAAUUAGUACAGGUGUGAGGCUGCCUAGAAGAAUGAAUGUAGCAGUUCCACCUGCCAAUAAUGGGGAUCAGAUACCAGCCUAACACCUUCCCUGCCUGGCGAGCAGAGAUUCAGCAGAUGCCUUCUGUGCCAACUUUUAAAUGCCUGCUGAAAACUUAUAUAUUCCGCCAGGCCUAUUGUUUUUUCCAUCUAUAAGACGUCCCCAUGUAUAAGAUAUCCCCUAUUUUGGGGGACUCAGAUUUAAGAAAAUGGGGGCGAUGGCCCACCCCCUAAUUUUUGACAUUAUUUUUUAGGGGGGGAAACCUAGUCUUAUACAUGGAAAAUGGUGUCUGUUAAAUUGAUGUCUGUUUAACUUUUUUACAGUUUUAUUGCGUGGUUUUAUGUGUUUAUUGUUGUAAAACAUAUUGAUAUAUAUAGAAUACAAAUAUUUAUAUAAAUUAUUUUCAUCAUGCAGGGAAAGAUGUUUUCAUUAUGUAUAGAAAGCCAUCAAACGAAAAUGGAAUGGAUGACAGCCCUUAAACUUGCAUCAAGAGGCCAGAAUCAGUUAAAUAAGCCCAGUGCUCAAUGCCAUGUUCCAAACAUUAGGUCAUGCCAAUUAGCUUCCAAGCAGAAUUACCUCCUUCCAUUCUAUAGGGUAGGAAUAGGCAAACUCGGCCCUCCAGAUGUUUUGGGACUACAACUCCCAUCAUCCCUAGCUAACAGGACCAGUAGUCAGGGAUGAUGGGAAUUAUAAUCGCAAAGCAUCUGGAGGGCAGAGUUUGCCUAUGCCUGCUAUACGGUAUUUUUCUAAAAAAAACCCCAAUGUCCACCUCUAGGGAAUACAGGAAAGUCCUGUUUGUUUCUGACUAUCUGAUGGAUAUGCCUUGUCUCACUUUAAGCAUGAAGUAAAAGACCCAGUCUGUAAAAGGAUUUGCAAGUGUAACUAACAAAGGCUGAUGAAUGCAGCCUAAAUCUAACACCAAGCCAAAAUGGCAGUCAGUUUGCUUUUUUGUUCUUUCAUCUUUUAGGAUUCAAAGGAGACUGAAGAAGGAUUUCCUGUGUGGUUUUGCUCAGAAUUUUCAUAUAUUCACAGGUUCUCUUCAAAAAGGAGGUGUUCUGAGUAUCAUAUAAAUAAUUCCUUUGUGGGUUUUUUAAACGCACACACUUGUAGCCGUAAAAUCUCAGUGAUGCUCUAAAGCAGCCUGGGCUACAACUCCCAUCAUCCCCAGCUACAGGCCCUGCUGGAGGGGUGAAUGACAGUUGUAGUCCAAAACAUGUUGGGAAACACUACUCUGAGGAGAGCUUUUCUAGCAAGGGGAAAUGCUAAACAUGUUUAAAUUAGACUCUAUUAAUGAUAACAGACUUAAGAGAAAGCAAGUGAGCCUAAUCUCAGUUUACUCAUUCUACACCUUCUGCAGAUUGAAGAUUUCAUUUAUUUUACCUUUACCAUGACAGGAAUAAAAAACCCUGGUCAGUGAAAAUCUGAUCCCCUUAAUCAGACUCUGAGGUGAAUGAGUAAGGGAAGCAAGAAUGGCUCUUAGGUAUGCUUUUGCUUUCUAACACACAAAUCAUUUAACAGAAGCUUCUAGCUCUCAUGAGUGCAGCAGAGGCCAAACUGAUGAGUCACUAGACUGCCAAAUUUUCAACCAACAAUUUCAGAACCUGUCAUGUGAGUGAGGGGCUGAAUCAUGACUAGUUCCAAAUGGCAAGGCCACAUUAAUGGUUUGGAAGCAUAGGAAGUCUUCUCUUUCCAUUCAAGUCCUCUGAAGAAGCCAGGAACAAACUAGUUUCUAAGGAUGAAAUGCCAUGUGGCACAGUCCAGCAAGCAUGACUCAUGUAAAGAAAUUGCAGUUAGAGUUUUGAAUACCAACGCCCAUCAGUUUAGGCCUAAAAUACAUUCUCUCUCUCUAUAUAUAUAUAGGAGAGAGAGCAUGCACCAAGGUUUAUCAAGGUUUUCCAAAAACUGUCUCGAAGAAGGGAAGCUUUUUAUUGGGCCAAAAUGAAUAACAGGCACAGGGAAUAUGAGGACUGGGAGAGCAUCUGAGGAUUUAUUCUGUAAGUUUAUUAUACUAUGGGGAUAGGUGGGAACUAUGUAAGAGCACCAUUUAUUUCUUUAAAAAGUGAAGGAACCAGAACUAGGUUGAAAAGUACCUCACAUUUAACCCAAUUCACCCCCAAAGAAGCAAAAAAAAAUAAAAAAUAAAAGUGCAUUUCUCAACAGGGUUAACAGGAAUAGUUGCAAAAUACCAAUUUCCCACAAACAAUGGGUCAUAUACACACAUCACUGACUUCCAGAAUAUAACAAUGUUACAACUGUAUUCAAGGCACGGCAGGGGGUGGCGGCACAGAAACACCUAGAUUUCUUCCUUCAUAAACAAUCUUAAUGAAUUAGCCCGGUGAUUUCAUGAUCCAAAUCUAAUAGAAGCGUAGGUUUCACUUUUGAAAACGUACAUUCAACAAGGAAGACGCCUACAGCUACAUUUUGAAGGAGAAAGGAAAUAAACUCAGGAAGUUACAGUUAGCCAACGGCACUGAAGAAAGCACCUGCCCUGUAUGGCUAAAACAGCAAUUUCACGCAGGACUGCUCUAUGCAGGACACACUUUGCGAUACAUACAGCGGAUUUGCUAUCGUCUUGCUCACAGCUAAGCUACCUCCAUCUUAAAACCAGAGAGCGAAGCAGUGCGCAUCCGGUUAUUUAGAAGCUUCUCCACAAAUACGAAUGCGAUGGAAAGCAAACAAGGAGGCCCAGCACAACCCCAUAUACCUCUUCUCAGAAGUAAGCCCCAUUAAGUUCUACGGGAAUUUAUUCAAUUAGUAUGUGCAGAGCCGCAAUUUGCAGUUUGCAAGCGGCAGCUUGCUACCCUCAGAAGAGAAAGGGAGAACGGAAGCCAAAAUGCACCAUUGCUCUGCUAGAGUUGCCAGCGUCAGGCCAGGAAAGGUGUGCGCCCCCGCUCCAUCUUUGCCGCGGAACGCGCCCGCGCUUACCCCACUAUGGAGAUCACGGUAGCCGCCACCACCAGGUAGUUGGUCUGGUAAUAGAGCAAAUUGCUGACCACCCUGUUGUUCCAUUUGGAAAUGUCUUUGAAAUCCGGCACGGCGAAGCGGUCGUGGCCCGGAAUAAAGUCGUCCCAGGAUCUCAGCGGAGCUACUUGCACGUCCAUAAUGCCUCUCCCAUACGGAACCCUGCAGCAGCGGCGGCGGCGCGACGUCAGCAGGGCGGCCUUAAAGAAGGGCAACGCAGCAACCAGCUGACUGGAGUUGCAUUUCUGGUUGCCUGCAAAGCAGGAAGGGGAAAAAAGGCAGCCGCGGGAGGGCGGAUUUUAUCUUUCACAAAAAUCCCACUGUUUGCAAAUUAAGAUGCAACAUUUGCAAUGUAUAUAGUUCACACAAUAGCUCCUUUUAAAAAGCUGAGGUCAGUAGCAGUCUCCUUGAACACGGUUGUAAGAUCCUGCCAGAUAUCUAUAUAUAUAUUGCAAGGUUGCUCAACACAGCGCAGUGCUAUGCAUGUCUACUUGCAAUUUUAAUAAGAAUUUGCGCCUCCACUUGCUUUUCUCUCCUCCCUUACAUUUCCACCCGCAUUUUGUUUUUUGGAGUGUAAGCCGCCUGAGAAUAGGGCUAGUUUACUCAUAGGCUUUGGUAAGCUGCUCUGAGAGCAUUUUUGGCUAAGGGAUGGGGUAUAAAGGUGCUAAAUAAAUUUAUUUAGAGUUGCACUUUCUAGCUGCAAUAACAUACACACUUGCCUAAGAUUAUGCCCCAUUUAGAUCAGUGUUUCUGAAUAGGACUGCACUGCCACCAGUAAAUUUUCCUCAAGGUCAUGUACAAAAUAACUAUGUUUUCUCUGGAAAUGAGGUCCAGUAACAUAUUUUUUUCUGAUUUUAAUCAACCUCUGCAAUUAAACUAAAGAAAGCAAAAAACACGCUCACAUAAUAUGCCAAACACUAACAAAACUCUUAUUAGGAAAUCAAUGAUCUAGUUGUUGCAACGUGACAACUAAGCCCAUUGCACAAUUAGGGGGACGGACGAUUCAACAUCCUGGAGUAUUUAAAUAUUUUCACAUGUUGCAUUGUUGUAUUGAGCAUGUCCUGCUCCUCAUGCUCAUGCAAAUACCGGGUGCCCGCCAACUAAACCAUGAAUUUAAUUAGGAACUUGGUCCAUCUAGCUCACCACUACCUGCACCAGAGGUGGAGAAGACGACUUCGUUGAAGGGAUCGCCGUCUGCAGAGAAUGCAAAAUGGAAUAAUCGGGAGGGCACUAAGAUGUCACGCAGUGUGACAGAAAAAAGUACCAAAUUAAGAAAGCUUUUGGUUGCAAAGGGAGGCAUAGGCGGCCACCAACCUGGAAGGCUUUCAAAGAGGAUGAGGCAGAUUCGUGGAGGAGAGGGCUGUCAAAGACCACGACCAAGUCGUGGAGGAAGGGGCUAUCCGUGGCUACUUGGCCACCAUCAUAAAGGAUAUUUAUGGUGCCUUAUGUUGUGAACGGCCCUGAGAUCUGUGACUGGAGGGCGGUAUAAAAUGAGCAUGUACGUAAGGAAUUAAAUAAAGACUAUAGUUUCUCCUCCGCACCUGGGACGCAGCAGCACUCCUAAGCACCAGUUGCUGGAAAACCGCAUGGUUGUGUGGAGGGAUAGCAAAGGACGCUGCCCCCCCCCAGACAACUUAUUAUUUAUAUCACUUUUAUGUGUUCCCUUCCCCACAGGGAGCUCGAGGCGGCGUACAUGGUUCUCCUGUCCGUUUCAACCUCACAACAAGCCUGUGAGGCCGCUUAGGCCGAGGGCAGGCGACAGGCCCAAGGUCACACCCGGUGGGCUGCAUGGCCGAGUAGGGGAAUUCGAACCCACAGCCUAGUCCCGGCACUCGCUCAACCCACGGCGAGAACAGGAGGCUAGGCUGGGCGGUGAAUUUGGCGUCUGUGUUCGCGCGUGCGCGUGUUUUUAAAAGCGACCGGCCCUAACGGAAACCGGAAGCGAGGCCUCUCUGCCUCCUCCCCCCUCCCCUCAGGAGAAGCUCGAAUCGCCUCCGUCAACGAGGACGAGUGGGAGCCCGGCUCGGAACUUCCGGCCGCGGUGCAUUGUGGGCGAGCCGUUGGAGGGAGAGGACAGGAGGAGAGAGGCUCAGCUAUGGCGGAUGUUGAGGAGCCGUAAGUACCUGCCUCCUCCCCACCCCACCCCCCACGCGCUUGGCUGCCUUCGCCGCCGCCGCUUCUUCCAGGGAGGGGGCUGGCGGGGAGCUGCGCCCCCUCAGCCUCUGCCCUGUCCCCCUCCCCCCGCGCCCAAGUCGUGGCGGGAGCGCGGGAGCGCGCGAGCCCCGAGCCUGACCCGGUCGGCGACUGACCCUUCUUUUAUUCUCUCUCUCUUUUAUAGGGAGAAGAAAAGAAGGAGGCUAGAGGAGCGGCGGCUAGCGGGAGAGAGGCAGAGAGAGAUGGGGUCAGUGCUGGGUUUAGGGGGCAGAGGAUGGAGGGGGGCGCACAGGUGGGCGAGGGGGCCACUGAAUUGGGAAUGUGUGGCAGGCUCCCCCAUAUAUAAGAAAAGGAAGUGUGUGUGAAUUAUCAAAAGCACCUGCAGCCUGGCUCUCUAGGCGCCUAGGUUCUUCCCUCAGGUGCUAAUCUUCUGCCUCAAACCAGGGGUAGCCAGUGUGGGGCUGGCCAGAUGUUGCUGGGCUACAGCUCUCAUUAUGACUGGCCAUGUUGGCUGAUGCUGAUGGGAGCUGAUCAGCAUCACACCCCCCUUUAGGCUGCUCAUGUGGCUUCAUGUUGCUCUGCAUGAAUAGUAGCAUUGUGACUGUCUCCACCCGCAGAAACCUAGCCUUUUCCCUGCUAGUUUUCCACAUGCGGGACAGGUUUUUGUGUGUGUGCAGAGCAAGUGUUCAGUCAAGCGAGCCCACAUCUGAGCAGUGAAAUGAGGCCUAUGCAGACUCAGCAGGUGGGGUGGAAUCAUAUCUCUUGCGAAGACCAACUGGUCCAUAAUUGGAACUUGCACUAAGAUGCAUUUCAGUGUGGCAGAUCCUUAAAGGGUCGCUGCAAGUCUUAACAGGGAUUAGGGUCUCUUCAAAGAUCAAAGAGAUCAUGGGUAAUGCACAUUUGGAUGGGAAGUGCACAAGCCGCUUAGGUAAUAAUGUAUUGCAAAUUGCUGAACUGCUUACAGUGUAUUGCAUGAGCGAAUGUUAAUGGGAAAUCCUUUGUAAAAAUCAAGAGUUGUGCAUAUAAAAAGGCAAGCAAAACUAAAAUAUGACAGUAAGGAACGUGACUAGGAAAUAAUUCCAUAUAGUUGUUUGAAAUGUAAAGUGUGUAAGUUUGUAACCAGAGUUGCAUAAAUGAAUUACUCUACCCAGUUUUGGGGAAUUUCCCCCUUCCCAACCAACAGAGCCCCAGAUGACACAGCCCAUAAUAUUUUGUACUCCCUGAUCUUUUGGUGAGCUUUCUGGGAGAACAGAAGGGAAAGAUCAGUUGUGCUAGAAUGCCUUAUCUUAAGGCAACGUUGGAUGUAACCCAUAACCAAUGUGGUGUCCUCUGGAUCUUUUGGACGACUUCCUCAGUAUCUGGAGGACAUCAGGUUGGCUACUGUAGGAUAUAAUUUAAUUAAAGCUUCCUCAACCUCAGCCCUCCAGAUGUUUUUGGCUUACAACUCCCAUGAUCCCUAGCUAGCAGGACCAGUAGUCAAGGAUGAUGGGAAUUGUAGUCUCAAAACAUCUGGAGGGCUGAGGUUGAGGAAGCCUGAUUUAAUUUAUGCUUAGUUGAAGGUAAGGCUCAUUGAACUCAGUGGACUUUAAUUGCAAGAAGAAAGGUGUAGGAAAAGGAUGCAAAUACGGUUGCACUACUUAGAAACACUAGCUAUAUAAAACUAUAAACAGUAUUGUAAACUGCAGUUUUGCACAAUUGGCAGUUUUGUUACCUUGCUGAGAUGUGACUUCAGACUACAGGGUAUCAUGUUUUAUUUAUUUUAUUAUACUCUGCCCUUAAACUGGUUUUCAGGACAGGUUAUAUAGGAAAUUAAAACUGCAGUAAAGCUAAAUGUGCAAUCCAGCCUCCCUUUUGCACCCAACAGACAGCAAGGAUUGGAUUUCCUCUGCCUGGCCCUACUGCUUCUAUUCACUGAAACAGCAGGCGAGUAGAAGUUCUACAGACACCCAGUAGUAGUUAGUAGAAAGCCCUGAAACAGCAAGGAGAAAGGACCAAGCUUGUCUGAGAUCUGUUUGAUACUGAGUCAACCCUGCUGCUGUCACAUAAUGGCAUCUCUGCACCCACUCCAGGAUGAUGGUGUGCAUGGGCAGGCCUGCUGAUGUGACAAUAACUCCACUUCUCAAUUAAGCCCUACUGGGUAACAGCCAUAGUUUGGAUAGUGAAAAACACUAAAACAUCCUAAGAUCAGUAUACACACAAAAUUCAUAUCUUGCAGUACACAUCUAAACAUUUAAAUGGUUGAAUUUUGGUAUUUUAAAGGGACUCAGGGAUCUGUAUAAUGUGAAAGUCAAAUUGUACAUAGGAUAGAAAUUAAAACUGCAUGUUAUGUUGUGUCAGGCAAAAUUCAAACAUUUGCUAGCCAGUUCACUGUUAACAUGUAGUACUGUAAGUGACUUGCAUGUCACUUUCCCUUUCAUUUUGUUAACAAGUGAGUUUGUAUUUAAAAUGUAGAUAAUUGCUUGUAACAAGCAAGGAACAAGGGUUCCCAGAAAUGAAUUGCCAAUGGAUGUGUAUCAGUUACUCAUGUUGUUUCCUCUUUUAUUGUCAGAAGUACGCUAGUCUUCCACAUAAAAACAUCCCAUCAAAACAUCAAUGUAGUGAAACACUUGAUUUGCCUUUUGUGUUCUUAUCCCUUAAUCCAGGGGUGAGAAUCCUGGGGCCCUCCACAUGAUACUGGACUCCCAACACUCCUCAACCACAACUAGCAUAGCUAUUGGUCAGGAAUGAUGGGAGCCAUAGUUCAGCGACUUAUGGAAGGCCAUAGGUUAGCCACCCUUGCAUUACAUCUACUGCAUAUUCAGUAGAUUGAGGCAGAAAUAGCUGUCUGUUGUUAAUCUUCGUUCUUUAAGAAUACUAAUAACACCUUAUUUUUAAAAACUCUGGUUGGCAUACUGUUUUUCCAAGUAAAAGAAAUCUGAAUAUUCCGUCUGUGCAUAUAUAUAUCUAUAUCUUCAUAACUAAUCACAUAUAGCAAUUUAACAUAUCUGUUUGUUUAUUGUAAAUAGAUGUGUUAUUAAUGGGUUGGAUCGAAAUCUAGGCAUGCUUGGAGUAGACUCACUGGAAAUAAUCGGGCUUAAAAUAUGAGCAAUUUAAGUCUCAUUGUUUUCAAUGAGUCCUCUCUAUGCAUGACUUAGACACUAGACCCACUGUUUAGUAGCCAGCAGAGUCCCAGAAUAUUUCAUUUAUUUGCUCUGAACAAGAUAAAAUUGGUAGCACCUUGUGAUAUGUAUACAAAAGGAAAGUCUAAGUUUGCAGAGAUUGUGUGCGUGUGUGUGUUUAUCCAUUGGUUUUUUGCAGCUAAAUUUCUAUGUUCUGUGCAGAAUGGCUGUUGAUGGUGGGUGUGGGGACAAUGGAGACUGGGAAGGUCGCUGGAACCAUGUAAAGAAGUUCCUCGAGCGAUCUGGACCUUUCACACACCCUGAUUUCGAGCCAGGCACUCAAGUGAGAAACAGUUAUUUUAAAUACAAAUGUUUGUAGUAUUGUGUUGCUGUUGUGAACUGUUCUUUUGUUUGCACUUCAUUAAUUAAAAAUGAACAAGACUGCAAACUUUUGCAAUUAACCAACUAAUUUUCUGCAUGACUGAUGUGGUCUUGCAUAAAUUAUAGUUUGGAUGCUAAAAGUCAUGUAGGGCACUUGAAGCUUUGAUGUGUACAAUAAGAAAUUUGGCUGUAGUGGACAUCAUUCAGUAUUGCACAUGCAAACCUUCCUUCCUAUCCUCCCUUGUGCAGCUCCAUGCACCCCUACAUCUGUUCUAAUGGUUCCCCAGACAUCUAGAGCUAAUUUUGGACGUGUGCAAGGGGCUGCAGGAGGGAGGAGAAGGGGAAGUCCUGUCCUGCAACAGAAGUCCAUUUGAUGGACAGACACCACUGGAUUUCAACAUGGGAACUAUUUGAAGUAAAAUUUGGUGAGAUAAUGAUGAAUUAUCUAUUUGUUUUGGGUUUGCCAUAUAUACUUGUUUUAGAUUUAUGUCAUAUUUCUUAAUUUUUAUAACUGAGUUUUAAAAUAUAUACAGAAUAGACCUGAUGCAGGGGUAAUGCCACCCUGGUUCAGGGGAUGGCAAGCAGCUAUGGGGCUGUGCACUUAACCCCCUCCCCAACCUUGCAUGCUAUUUCUCCCCACUUGUCUCUACCCAGGCAUCGUUCUUUGCACCUGACCUUUUUAGUUCUGGCUAAAAGUAAUCAGGGAAAUACUCCUGCAUUCUUCUUGCAGUCCUGUGUAUGCUUAUGUGGGAGUGAGACCCAUAGAAUUCCAUGCGAUCUCCAGUGGGAUAGACAUAGAAUAAUAUGUGCACAUUGAUUAGAUGUUGUCUCUGCAGGUGGCAGCAGGCCAGCUGCAGGCAGUGUGUUUCCAUAGUCAGAUUACGAUUGCAUAAAGACUUCCAACUGGCAGAAAUAUAUAUCUGUAUAAACCAUGUAGUUCAGUGCUGUGCCAUUGCAAUCUCUGUUCCUGUAUACACUUUGAUUUGAUUUAAAACAAACAACACAAGCUUGAAAUAAUUUAAGUGGCAAUGCUGGUUUAUCUGUACUAAUCAAAUUUAACUUGAAUGGCAAAAGGCAAAUUCUUAUUUACAACGAACUAUAUUUUCACAAUUUUGAAAUAUUUUACUGCAUUACAAUAAGUUCUGUGAUGAUAUUGGUUAUUGUGUUUUCAACAACUGUUUGUCUGUCUUGGUUCUUUGCAGCCCCUUGACUUUCUCUUAAACACGUGUAAAGUUCUAGUUAUUGGAGCAGGAGGAUUAGGAUGUGAACUCCUCAAAAAUCUGGUAACAAUUUCAUUUUUAUUUCUUGAUAGCCUGUGCUGUUCACUGAGAAAAUAAUCAUGUUGCCUAGCUUUUUGCUCUACACGCUGAGAAGUCAAAGGGUUAUGUGAUUAGUUUGAUUCCUCAUCCUCAUAUAAAACAUGUUAGCAAUCGACUUUAGCAGCUACAUUGUAGCAAGUUGCAUACAAAAACUAAAGCAAAUACAAAAUCACACAGAAUCAAAUACGUGCUCAACACAUAGUCAAUUCAGUAAUCUAUAGAUCUGUAUAACUUACGAAAAAUGAGGUACAUCCAAUAUAUUUGGAAUACUGUACUGUUUACUUUUGCAAAGUUUUCUUUAGUUUUGCUGUAACUUGAGUCUGAUGAAGAAUAAAUCCUGUCCAAAAACAAAGCCAACAAAUUAUUCUUGCUAACAAGACAGCAGGCAAUAAUGAGGAUUUUUUAAAACCUGAUUUGCCUCACCAGGGCAGAUAUUAGAUUCAUUCCUGAUUCUGGAACAUCUCCAUUAGUUUAUGAGCACAAUUAUGCAGACUGUUCUUUAGCUGUUGUAAUGGUAAGAGACAACUUCCAAAAUGUACCCAUAAACUGAUAGGGUGACAGCCAAUAGUGGUGUCCCACUUGUGCAGCAAACUUUUGAUUUUGUAAGUGGAAUUUGCCCUUCCUCUGGAUACCCUUCAAGGCAUAUAGGAGCUACAGGGAACUGCUGAAGAUGGAUGUCACCCAUAAGCUUUAACCAUAGGGAGAGCUUUGAAUACAUUACUACUAUAUCUCGUCAUCUGCAGAUAUUUGGACUUAGAUGCAUAAUGAAAAGACAAUAUGACUGGGAAGAAAUUGGGGACAAAUGGAAACCAUAGUAACUUUACAGGGUUUGCUUUUAGAAGCUAUAUCUCUUAAGCAGAAAUGUGUCUCAUAAUGGCAGUUCAGAACCUGGUUAUAUGCCCAGUAAUUAAUUAAAAUGUUCUGCUCUUUUGUGUGACACUGUACUUUACUUCUACUCUGAAUUGCAUGGUAGGUAAUUAGACUAGAGAUGACAUGAGUCAGGAUGCGCAAGUGUCUUCCAUUCUCUUGGAUUAUUUUUCUCUAUCAUGGGUCCCACUUUGCCUGUCUUCUGAGUUAACUUGGACAGUUUCUAAAAUUAAUUUUGGGAUUGGAACAUGCUCCCUUUGAUGCAGUUUUCAGCUGAUAUACCCCCACACUCCUUAAAGGUUACUGAUGAAUAUAUGUGCAUUGGUUAAAAUACUGCACAAAAAAGGAAUCUUGCACAAAAUAACCAGUUAAAUUAAGCAAUCUUAUCUUUUUUCCCUCAUUGCGAUAUGAUUACUGCACAGAUGUACUGUGUACGUUUGGUACCGUAUUUUUCGCCCUAUAGGACACACGUUUUCCCCUCCAAAAAUGAAGGGGAAAUGUGUGUGCGUCCUAUGGGGCAAAUGCAGGCUUUCGCUGAAGCCUGGAGAGCGAGAGGCGUCGGUGCGCACCGACCCUCUCGCUCUCCAGGCUUCAGGAGAGCCCCAGCGCCAGCCCCACAAGGUCGGGGGACAGCGGGGAGGCGGAUGUCUCCCAAUGUGGUUUGGAGGCUGAUGGCGGGGAGAUGCGUGCUUCUCCCCGCCGCCAGCCCCGCAAGCUCCGGGGACAGCGGGGAGGCGCAGCGCGUCUUCCCGCUGUCCCCGGACCUGGUCUGAAGGCGGGCGGCGGGGAGAAGAGCGCUUCUCCCCACUGCCUGCCCCGCAAGCUCCGGGGACAGCUGGGAGGUGCAGCGCAUCUUCCCGCUGUCCCCGGACCUGGUCUGAAGGCGGGCGGCGGGGAGAAGAGCGCUUCUCCCGGCUGCCUGCCCCGCAAGCUCCAGGGACAGCUGGGAGGCGCAGCGAGUCUUCCCGCUGUCCCCGGACCUGGUCUGAAGGCGGGCGGUGGGGAGAAGAGUGCUUCUCCCCGCUGCCUGCCCCGCAAGCUCCGGGGACAGCUGGGAGGCGCAGCGUGUCUUCCCGCUGUCCCCGGACCUGGUCUGAAGGCGGGCGGCGGGGAGAAGAGCGCUUCUCCCCGCUGCCGGCCCCACAAGCGCCUGGGGGGGGGGGAAUAAUUUUUUCCCCCUUUAUUUCCCCCCCCAAAAAAACUUGGUGCAUCCUAUGGGCCGGUGCGUCCUAUGGGGCGAAGAAUACGGUACCUUUUAAAAGAAAAGUAAAGAUGCUGGCUGUUAACUGGUAAUCUGCUUAAGAAGAAGAAAGUUUGAAACUCUUUGAAGAAAGCAGUUAUACCCUACAAACGAUAUUGGCUAAUUUGCAAUUACCACAUCCGAAGUCGAGUUAGAAAAGGAAGAAUUUUCAUAAGGAUCUCUAAUUAUCACAUUUGCAAACAAGAUAUGUGACUACUGAUAUUUUUUCCCCAGUAAACUGUUUAAAACAACUUUUACUAGUCAGUGUGUGCGAAGAAUUUUCUUAGGGGGUUUUCUAUAAAGAAUAGCUCAUGGUUCUGCAAUGGUGGCUGCUGGGCCUGUGUUGCAUUAGGUUUACCUUUAAUAGCAUAUAUAUCAUCCUAUUUGUAUGCAUGUGUACACACACACACAUACCCCACUACCCUAAGUAUGGACAAUCUUAAUGGUAGAUUUUCAGCCCCUUCAACUACUUUCAUUUUUCAGAAGCAGUAAAUACGUUCAAACAUUUCUAAUAGUGAAAAGAUUCUGUUGUUUUUAUUGUAACCCUGAUCUCUUUAUCUCUUCAGGCAUUGUCUGGUUUUAGGCAGAUUCAUGUCAUUGACAUGGACACCAUUGAUGUAUCUAACCUGAAUAGGCAAUUUUUGUUUCGGUAAGUCAUACAUUUCCUAUUGAGAAUAAACUGCAAACUCUGGUUCUCAUUUUCAAGAAAGCUUCAUUUAUUUCAGUAAGAUUUCCUUUAAAACAGAAUUCAGGGAGUUGAAUAUUUUUCAAGAAACAUGUAUGCUGUGGCAUUCCUAAUAGUAAAUUAACAUUUCACUCUUACCCCACUAACUUUCCAAAUAAAGUCUGCUUGCUCUAGUGCCAACUUACUACUGCUGUCACUUGCCUGCUUCUGUCCCUGCCUCUUCCCUCUGACUUACCACUAUAGCAUGUUUUUCCUUCAAAAGAAAAAAACAACACACACAUUUCAACCUUGUGGUGAUUUCAAAUAUGGGAGAUAGCAAGAGAAACACUGUGGGGCUGUGUGUCAGGACUAGUCUCCCAUCUGUCAAAUAGCUGUAUCUGAGAUGGAGCUUGUGGGGAAAAAACCUACUGCCUAUUAUAUGGCAUUUUUACAAAUAAGAAUCCACUAUCUCAAAUGCCCCUUUCUGCAUACCACAUUCACAUAUGUGUGCUUUAUUAUUAUUUUUUCACACCUUUUACUUGUUCUGCAUCAGAAGCCACUUCUGAAUUUUCCAUACCAGUUGUAGUGGUUCUAGGGGUUGCUCGUGCGUAAGCCGGUGCAAACACCUGGCUGGGUUGCCUGAGUGAACCUUUUCUGAAGGACAGCCACUCACCCGUGGCUGUCUCAAUCGCUGGCAGAAUCCGUCAGUGGGCGUUUCUUAAACUUCUUCCAGCAAAGAAGCUCUUUGACGCCUAGUCUCCUCCUACUCUCUCUGCGCGAAAGCCUUCUGCGCAAGGAGGGCGUAGGCAGCGGAGGACCCCUACUCUCCCCGCUGGUCCCCGGCAAGGAGUCAUGGGACCGCCUCGCCGCUUCCCCCCAUCUGCCCCCAUAUCCACGGGUGCUACGCUGAUUCUCUUCCCCAGAAGAUGGGCUGCCUCUCCCAAUCCCGGGACGCUCUCUGGAAUCCCUCUGGAUUUUGCUCUCUCCCUCCGGCACUGAUGGCAGUUCCCUGACACCAGUGGAUGGAGAUACCUUUGAAAAAUGGGAACUGAGAUCCUUGACUUACUGUGUAGUCCUCUGAAUCAUGCCUUUCCUGCUUUAAACUAGCAUUGCAACAGAGCUUGUAGUUAACCUCCCAUGAUUCUGUGUAAGGCAAAAUGGAUAAUCCUAACAGAUUCAGUUUCCUAACAAAUAUUGUUUUUUGCAGACCUAAAGAUGUUGGACGGCCAAAAGCAGAAGUGGCUGCUGAAUUUCUAAACAGCCGAAUUCCCAAUUGUGCUGUUGUACCGUAUCCUUUUAUGAAGAAAAGGAUUCAAUUUAUUCUCAUGUCCACAGCCACCUGCAUUCCCCCUCCCCUCCUUUUUGGUGUGGCUUGCUUUAGUCUGUAGAUUAAUCAUUGAAUAAAAUAGUCUAAUGGGUUUCUUCAGAAAUAUCAAAAGCAUCAAAUGUUUCCAGAGUUGGAUAGCAGACCCCUUGCCUUACUUUACCAUCAAAACCAUUUUGCAGCGUUAGUUGAAGUCCAAUGAUUUCCUGCCCGUGCCACCCAACCUUCAACAUGAAUAUGCAUUGUGUUCUUUCCCUCUUUAAACUGGUUUUUGUAGACAUGCUAUCCUUCUGAGUGCAUGUGUGGGUUGUGUUUUUAUUUACCGUAUAUAUUAGCUGGCAUUUUCAAUUUCUGCCUGAUAGACGAUCAAACAAUUAAAAAUAUAGUGGAUAUUGAUUAUCAUUUCAGUGAUAAUGUAUAAUAAUGAUGUCUUUGAAAUCUGAGUUUAUGUACAAAGUUGACAGUGAAACCUAAGACUACAAGUAAAUCUUUCUAAAAUGCCCUCUGAGGGUUUGGUGAUACCAAAAGCCUGUUUUGCCUGUUCACAGAUGUUAGCACAUUGAAACCCCUUGAACUGGCCAUGUUUCUAAUGCAGUGCAUAAAACUUACUGCAUUUUUAAUUUAAAUGCAGUUCCUACAUUAGCUUGAUUAUUCAGAAAAUGCUUAUUCAUCCACAUCACCUACACUCGUGUGUACACAGAUGCUGAGAGAGAUGUACCAGGUAUGGGUUUCCCCCUGAUUUUAGGCUUCAUCUGUCCCAGCUUGGAUGCAGUAAUAACAUCUUAAGUCUACAGAGAAUUCAGAGCCAUUGUGGGAUGGGGAAAAGUUGCUUGCUGGAUCAGACCGAAAAAGCCUAUCUAGUUCAGUGUCCUCUUUCCCACAGUGAUCAAUGAGAUGGCUAUGGAAAAGGCACAAGUGUGACAUCAGUCCUCCUCCAGUGGUGUUGGAACAAUCAGUAAACAGACAGGUUCAUUCCCAAAAAAAGGUGUUGUCAUUAGUCUAAUUUUUAAAUAACUCUUCAAGCUAUUCUUAAAGAGACAAUUUUGAGGAAGUUAGGAGCCAUAGUAAGGCAUUUUGUGUUGGACAGUGGCAUGCAUACCAAAUUAGGCAAGGGCAUUUGUGUUUUGGCCAAGUAACUGCCACAAGAGAAUUCCUUUACUGUAUAUCUUUUCAGACAUUACAAAAAAAUUCAGGAUCUAGACGACACUUUCUAUAGACGUAAGUAACUAAGUGUGCUAUUGUGAAAAUAAUGACUUGUGGGUACCCCCCAAUCAGUUAAAGAACAUUACUAUCCUUUCCUUUAAAGGAAGGAGAAAAUACAACAAACAGAACGCUUAACUAGUAAACUCUCUUUGUGUACAAAACAAUAGAAAAAUAUGCUAACAAUACUGAAAAGCGAGGGAAGUAUCAAGUGUGCAUAACAAUAUUUUAUGUUUUCUUCCAGAAUUUCAUAUAAUUGUAUGUGGCUUGGAUUCAAUAAUUGCAAGAAGAUGGAUAAAUGGCAUGCUGGUAAAUAUCUAGGAAGUAAAGUUACUCAGUUGUUGCAAAAUAUAGGCACUAUUAAGUCAUGUACUGCCGAAACCCUCCCUGAAUGUGAGACUUGUUUUGAGGCUAGAGGGAGGAUUGUCACCAAUAGUGUCUUUGUGAAAAUUGAAUUUGCUUUUGCGGUAUGUGCAUUUACAAUAUGUUGCUCUGCCACAGGAGAUGCAUGUGCUAUUUUCAACUUCAUAUUGGAUGUGGUAAACAAAAGGGAGAACACUUCAAAUGUAAAGCAUGGCUCUCUGUUGCUGUAGCCUUUUAAUAAAGCCCUGCUGCUUAUGAAGGUCUCGUAUUUCAGUUGUGACAUAAAGUUUCAUGGCUAUCUGUGCCCUCAGGCUCCUGAAAUAUGCCCCCAAAUGAGUUGCGCAGAAAUAAUUUUGAGCUGAUUUUGGAAGUUGAGGUACUUUAAUGAGGACUGCCACCACAUUCCGCAGAACAAAAAAAUGCAGGACAGUUAAUGCAGCAAUUAUUUCAGGCAACUCAGGUUCAGCAAGUCCUGUUAAAUAAUACCCGAAGGACUGUUCAGUUUGGAUAUUAUGAAGGGUGAGGGUUGAGGUUAGAGGAAAUGGACUUAAUGGAAAUGGACUUCUUUGCUCUCCUUAGAUUUCACUUUUAAACCAUGAAAAUGGGGUGUUGGAUCCAAGUUCCAUUAUACCUUUGAUUGAUGGAGGAACUGAAGGCUUUAAAGGAAAUGCUCGCGUGAUUAUUCCUGGCAUGACAGCUUGUAUUGAAUGUACACUUGAACUUUAUCCACCACAGGUAACUAAAUAGAACAAAUACUUUAUAGCCAGGCAUGCCACUUCAACAUUCAUGUUGAAACACCUUAUCCAUUCUCUCUAGGUAAAUUUUCCUAUGUGUACAAUUGCUUCAAUGCCUCGGCUACCAGAACAUUGCAUUGAAUAUGUCAGGAUACUGCAGUGGCCCAAGGAACAACCUUUUGGAGGUAAUCAAUAAACUACCGUUGAACCUUUGUCAAAACGGAAAGCUGAAUAACACUAUAAUCCUGGCAUAUUUUAUUUCACUUGUCUUUUGCAAUUUGACUUGGGAGUCAUGAUUGAGUUCCUCUUCCUUCUGGCUAUUAUUUUUUAUGAUUCUCUUAUUUAUAUUUCUUUUUUUAGAAAUCACAUUUUCAUAAUAAACCUAUCCCUUUGCAAAUUUCAUAUUAGCCACUUCUCUCUUUUGGGGACUCCACCCAAGCAAGUUAUUAUUUCAAAAAUGGUAUACAGUCCAUAUCUCAUGUUAUGUUUGCUUCGUGUUACAUUCCUUUAGUUUACGUCCCGUGGCAACCCGGAAGUACCGGAAAGGGUUACUUCCGGGUUUCGCCGCUCGCACAUGCGCAGAAGUGCUAAAUCACGCUUCGUGCAUGUGCACAAGCACCAAAUCGCACCAUGCACCUGCGCAGAUACGGCGCUUCAGGUUGCAUUCUUUUCAUGUUGCAAACGGGCCUCCAGAAUGGAUCCCGUUCGCAACCAGAGGUACUACUGUAAUUUGCAGUUAUGAAAAACCAUUUCAUGCUUUAAGUUGUAAAAAUCAUACUUUUUCCUUUUUUUGCAGAAGGUGUUGCUUUAGAUGGAGAUGAUCCUGAGCACAUACAGUGGAUUUUUGAAAAGUCUUUAGAAAGGGCAGCACAGUUUAAUAUUAAAGGUCUUUCCUACAGGCUCACACAAGGUAAGAUACAGCAGAAGCCAUCUGUUCAGUGGGUCCUUUUUGGUCUUUGGGAAACCAUAAUGAUAAGCAUACAUGUCUAGCUUUAGUUUGCCCUAUUCUGUGUUGGUUGAGGUAGUGACCAUACUACUACAUAAUACUGUAGAUACUUUCCUUGAAUUAUGUUUCCAACUGUUAAAAGUAGAAAUAACAUAAAAGUUUGUGAUGCUGCUUCUCUCAAUGCAGGAGUUGUAAAGCGGAUCAUUCCAGCUGUAGCUUCUACAAAUGCUGUCAUCGCAGGUACAGUAAUGCAAUUUUUAAAAAAUUGUUUCCAAUUACAUCUGUAAGAAUAGUAUUGGAGAUCUAAGCUGAAAACCAUGUCUUCCUGUUCUCCUUAUGUAUUUAGGCUGAAUGUAACAAAGACUCUCCUCCCUGCAAGAGAGGGGAGUGGUUGUGGUCGGGAGCCGGACUCCGCCUCAAGCAGGGGGCGUUUGCCCCCUGCCUUCCACUCACCUGGCUGGCGCCCACGCCCGCGGCUAGGCACCCAACCAGGAGGUGCCUUCAAGGAGGCGUGUACAGCAGCCUAAAUUGCUGUGGCGCCAGCCUCCCGGCCUCACUUUUCGUCGUCCUGUCGCGAGUCACCCACCCUCCACUCCCUUAGAGCAGGGUUUCAGUUUUCUUUUGGCCUUGCUAUGGACCUUAGGUUGGUCGCCCUGGUUGUCCGGGGGGCCUGGUAGGAAUUUUUCCAUUUGGCAUUAGGCUUUUUGGUUUUUUCGCCUACCUCGUAGCAAUCGUCACAACUUUCGUGGUAUCGGUGGGUAGGUUAGGCAUUGGAAUAAUGUGUUGUGGUGUCGAAGGGCUAGGUGUGGCCAUCGCCUACGCCUUCAAUUUUUGGGUAUUCCGUUAAAGGAAUCCGGCGGUCGUGUAUUCUGUCCGAUGCCUGCGUGGCGGGAGGCCAUGGCACGACCCUCGGUGACAUCAGGGGAGAGCUUAUAGUUGGAUUAGCAUCAACAGGCUCCACCUACUGGUGAAUAAACCCCCCUGUUUUAGACUCACCCCUCUCUGAGGGGGUGGAGUCAGCUGACGUAAUCCAAUGCCUAAGCCAAUACCUUUUCACUUGCUGUAAUCAAUAAAGUUGUGGCCUUUUCUUGCCCAUUAACCUUAUAUCACGUGUCCUUGUGUUUCAUUCCACUAUGCGGGGAUCGGGUCCUCGAACCACAAACUAGCCUAAAUAUACGGGGGGGGGGGGGGCGGGACUUGACAGAGCAAACCCAUGGAUAUCUUCCCAGUAGUAAGUCUAAUUAAGGACAGUUAUACUGUCUCCCUAGUAAAUAUAUAUAAGAUUGCAGCCUAUGAGUGCAGCCCUUGGCAAAAUUAUUAGUAAAUCACAUUGAAAUAACCAAUGUAUUUACUUCAAAUAAGCUUUAAAUUAAACUGCUAGCAGGGAAUUUGACACAGCUGUCUAGCAAUAUUUCUAAGGUGCUGACUCUUUAGGAAGGCACCUUGAGGUGGGAGUUAUAGGUAAAUCAGAAUUUGGCAAUAAAGGGUUUAAUAUUCUGACUGCAUUUAAUUCCAUGUAGUAAUUCUAGAUUUGCUUCAGAUAAUUACAUUUCACCAUAUACUUUAGCUUCUAGGAGACUUUGAACGCAAAACCUGCUGAUUCUUUUCCUUGUCCCAUAAGUAAAAUGUUUGAUCCAUACUUUCCUCUAAUUUUCAAGUAAUUUUAGUUGUUUAUCUCUUUCUUUCUCUAGCUGUAUGUGCCACUGAAGUCUUUAAAUUAGCCACAAGGUAACUUGUUUCCGAAUUAAAAUAUUUUUAGGACACUUGUUGCUUAUGAAUGCUAACAGAUUUUUCAUUACAGUGCAUACAUGCCUCUGAACAACUAUUUGGUAUUCAAUGAUGUAGAUGGACUGUACACAUACACAUUUGAAGCCGAAAAGAAGGUUGGUAUUGCCACAUAAUUUUUUCUUAGCUGUUCGUUAUUGAGUGCUUGGGUCAUAAUGGAACUUCUCUUGCCGAAAAUAUAAAACUAAAACUUUGUAAACUAAGCCAACUGUCUGACGCUCCCAUGCUCACUCAAGUUGCUGGUGGUAGAUAUAACCUUGUUCAUGGUGUCAGGUUUCACAUCCCUUAGGAAGCAUUUUCUCCUUAUGAAACUCCUGGCUAUUAUGGUACAUGGGAGAAACCCUGCUCCAUGCAUAUGCUUAGAAAAUAAAACCUGGACUUCCUUGAUAGUAGGACUUCUUCAACUGUAGAGCACAGUCCUUGAAAGAGGCCUGCCAGACCCUUGUUUUAAGGACAUAAAUUUUUAAAAAGCAUUUAUGAGUUAACCUGAAAAAAAGAGAGACUUCAGCAAGUGUUUGUCAUCUUUAUUAAAUCAGCAUGCAAGGGAGGAGACUAAGUACAAGUGCACUAGUUCCAUCACUGUCUCUGCAAGUUGGCAAACGACCACCUGAGGAUGAAUUUUAAGUGGGAAAUAGGAUUUGUGUGUGGGACUCUAAAUGUAUUUUUUGUAUGUUAUUUAUUAUUUGUACUCCUUAAAGGAUGAAUAUUUUUGUAAUAAAUAAAGCUAGUUUAUUUUGUCAUUUGAACACCCCACCCCUCCCAUUUGUUGCUUCCCUGGUAUUGGAAGCCAAGUACUUGAGUAGCAUCAUUCUAUUGCUGAAUGAUGACUUCACACCUCGCCUGUCAAACAAUCACUAUUAAUAUAUUAAUAGAUUUAUUGGUCCGAAUCUGAUGUACUAGCAUUGGUUCUUGAUUUAUUUCAAGUAUAUUACCAAGUUUUUUUAAAAUAUACCGUAUUUUUUGCACCAUAACACUCACUUUUUUUCUCCCAGAAAGUAAGGGGAAAUGUCUGUGCGUGUUAUGGAGGGAAUGCGUGCGGGGGGGCGGGGAUCUGCUGCAGUUGUGAGAAGAGGAUCCAUGGUUCCCCUUCCUUCCCUCCUCCGUGGCUCGCUUUGAAACAGCAAAGCGGGAGAAGAGCCGCUGAGUGGGGAGGAGAGAGGGACAGAGAGCCUGCUUCUUUAAAGGAGCAAAGCGGGAGAGGAGAGGAGCCGCUUACACGAGUGUAAGCAGCUCCUGUCCGGUUGGUUCCUUUAAAGCAAGCAGGCUCUCUGUCCCUCUCUCCUCCCCACUCAGCUCGCUACAUAGCAGCAAAGUUUUUCAGCUCACUAAGCCAGGGAUGAGCGGGGAGGAGGGAGAAAAGCAGAGCCUGCUUGCUUUAAAGGAGCAAAGCGGGAGAGGAGAGGAGCCUUCUUCCCUUAAGCCCCUCUCCUGCAUUAUUAGCAGCAUCCUUCUCCACACACCCCACGCGUGCUCCUUGUCCCUUGAGUGCUUUUCCUUCCCUCCCCACUUAAAACGUGGUUACAAAGCACGGAUCCACAUGGAUCCUCAGGAUUUUUGCACUGGGUCACCCCAAAUUCACCAUCAGAUCACAUAGCAUGUCCAUGGCUACAUCUUGCACCAAAAAAAUCAAGCACCCACUGUUGCCUGGGGCCGCAGUGGUGCAAAAACGUGGUUACAAAGCAUGGAGCCUCAGGAUUUUUGCAUUGGGCUACUCCAAACUCACUGUCAGAUCACAUGUCUGUGGCCACAGCAUGAACCACAAAAAUCAUACAUCCACUGUUUCGUUUAGAAUUUUUUUUCUUGUUGUCCUCCUCUAAAAACUACGUGCGUGUUAUAGAGCGAAAAAUACGGUAUUUAGGAUGUCAGUGCUUUCUUUUUAAGAAAGCAUUAGCAACUUAUAUUUGAAUGAGCCCUUGAACUCUGAGGGCAAACAUCCCCCCCCCCUUUGAAAGGGAGACUUGAAUUCAGGGAUAAGCUACUAUUUUAUUUACUACAGAAGGAAUGUUCAAGUCAUUGAACUACUAGGCAUUUCAUAUUUGUUGACAUAACACAGAGGGCAGAGAGCCUUCUCGGUAGUGGCGCCCGCCCUGUGGAACGCCCUCCCAUCAGAUGUCAAAGCGAUAAACAACUACCUGACAUUCAGAAGACAUCUUAAGGCAGCCCUGUUCAGGGAAGUUUUUAAUGUGUGAUAUUUUAGUGUUUUUUGGUUUCUAUGGAAGCCGCCCAGAGUGGCUGGGGAAACCCAGCCAGAUGGGCGGGGUACAAAUAAUAAAUUAUUAUUAUUAUUAUUAUUAUUAUUAUUAUUAUGACACAGUAAUACUGCAGAAAUGUCUUAAAUGUUCAUAGUCAGCUUUUAAAAAACUGCACUAAACACUGCAGGCGAGUACCUACCAACUUCAAUGAAAGUGUAUAAUUUUUCAUUUGCAAAUAAUUCCUUGUAUACUUUAGAUGAGAUUUUGAUAACUUGAAUUAAAUUACCAUGAUUAAUUUACAUUUUAAACCAUAUUGACUAUUUAAUUUACUGCUUUGUAGGAGAACUGUCUGGCUUGCAGUCAGCUCCCUCAAAACAUAGAAUUUUCUCCGUCAGCUAAACUUCAAGAAGUCUUGGAUUAUUUAACAAAUAGUGCUUCGUUGUAAGUAUUACAUUAAUAUGGUAUGAUCUAUGGGUAGUAUUCAACAUUAGUCCUACUCAAGAGUAGACCCACUGGCAUUAACGGGCAUUACUAACUUAGGCACAUUAAUUUCAUGGUGUCUACUCUGAGUAGGACUUUGAUUAAUACAACCGUAAUACAACCCUAUAUCUUGCUGAAUACACAUUCUUAGCAGAUUAAGGAUGGUGAUACUUGUUUCCAAAAAAAUAUUACUGGUUGUUUUUUCCACAGGCAAAUGAAAUCUCCUGCAAUAACAGCCACCAUGUAUGGAAAAAAUAAAACCCUUUAUAUACAGGUGACUAAUACAUACUUAUAAUUUAUUUGUGUGUGUGUGUGUGUGUGUAUUUAUUUAAGCAAAAAAUAACUGUUCACGUCCUCUCUUUCCCAGUCAGUAGCUUCUAUUGAAGAACGAACAAGGCCGAACCUUUCAAAGACUUUAAAAGGUAUUAUAAACCUUGAAAUAGUGCUUAGGGGAUUUAAAGGCUAAUGAAGCAAAUUGACUUUGUACAAUGUCAGAUGUAUCCGUAUGUUAAUACAGUAUAUAGGAGGUGGGCGGAAACUUGAGUUAAUAGUUCCCCAAAAGUUUCUUCCAUGCAUAGUUAAGUUUCAAAGGCAAAAGCAAAGCCUUUGAGAUGUGCAACUCUUAAAAUCUGUGCAUAAAGGUGCUGAUUCCUGCCUCCCUACACUAGUUUUCAUGAAAAUAAGAAACAAAGAUUAUUCUUUCUUUCAAUGCUAGCUGAUUGUUCUUUUGAGUAAAGCUGUAAUAUAACUUCCAUUCUAACCAUAAGAACCAAUGGAAACAAACAUACAGCUCAGAGUCCAAAAUGCUGUUGGUGUGCAGAAUAAUUUGUUCAUUUCUUUGGACACUGGUCCAAAUUGAUAGCUGUAAUGUUUUCACACCAAUACCUAGGCAAUUGUUUUCCUAAAAGCAAAAUAAUCAUUUUUACUAUUUUGUCUCGUAACAGAAAAUGUUUUAUUUGCUAAUGUUCUGAGUCAAUUGUCAGUUGCACAUUUUCCAUACAUGCAUAGAAGUGACUGAAAUGCUGUGCUUAUAACUUUUUCUUGAUACAGAGCUUGGACUUGUUGAUGGCCAAGAACUUGCAGUUGCAGAUGUCACUACACCACAGACUGUGCUCUUCAAACUUCAUUUUACUACUUGAUAUAAAUGCAAGUGUUGUAAACAUGCACUGAAAAAAAUCUUGCACACCUUGUAGAACUACCAUUGUGCACUAAGAGGAGGGAAGAUGAAACAGCCAGACCUUAUCCCUGUUAAUACAAGCAUUGAUGGAAGUUAGUUUAUCCAGGAUAAAUUGCUCUUAUUUUAGAACUGUCUUUGCAAACCAAUAUUUGGUUGAUGUUAUCUGUAUAAAAGCUCACUCAUGUACAGAAAUCUGAUGUGUAUAGCAAGCAAUAACUUUUUCAAUUUGCAAUCACUCUAAAAAAUGUCAAUACCCCUUUGUGCAUGUGGAAAUGUCAUGAUGGUCAAUGCAAUAGUUCUUGAAGCACCUAUGAAGUCUCUGAAUGUACAUAAAUAACAAAGAUUUUAAAUUACAUUUUAGUAUCUAUGUAACGGUUCUUAGACUGAGGCAUUGGGCUGGCUAAACCAAAGUUUAGUAUUACAAGAAUGAGCAUCGGUGAGCCUCAGGUUUGUGCUCCCGUUUCUUCUUUAGUUCAGCUCCAAGGAAGAGUUGAAAAGCUUUUGUUUUUGUUUUAGAUGAAUCACAAUUUACUGUGCUCUCCAAAACCCGGAAAAAUUGCAUUUAUCUGAAAUAUGGUUAGUGGAAAUCAGCCAAAUUCAAGCCAUAGUUUAUGAAGCUGACAUGUUUUCAUUUACCAUAGCUGCAAUUAACCACUUUUUGGGAUUCAGAUGUACUAAACUAAUCUAAAACAAAAGCAUAAAGUUCUGAUUACUUGGACACCCCAGAGAAGAAAGAGAACACAAGCUUGAGGUUUGCUGUGCUUUGUAUUCUAUUGCUAAGCCAUGGUUUUGCAUUACUUGUGAAGUGGACUUACCAGACAGAGGGAAAUAUAUAUACAGCCCAAUUCUUUAUUUAAUAUGUCUUUAAGAAACUGACAGAUAUUAAGGAUUGCCAAAAGUUAAUGUAUUUUUUUUCAAAAUACGGAAAUAUUGUUCUUAAAUCAUCAUCUGUUGAUAAAAAUUAAAUACUUCAUUUGUAUAUUUGCAAGUAUUAGCGGCUACUAUGCAUGGUGUUGCCCACUAAUAUUCAGGGUUGAUGUUAGGAUAUUUAUUAAUAAAAAGUUAUAUAAACAUACAUGUUUGUGAGACAUAAAGUAUCUGUUGUAAGCACAACUACAAAAAGUGCCAAAUUUUUAAAAAACUACCAAAGUCCUCCCUAAAUAUAAUAAGAUGAAGAAAUAUUUUUUAAUAAUUCCAGUGGCAUGUUGAAAAUCAACCAAAUAUAAGCUUUCAAGGUAUGAGUUUGUGUGUGUGUAUUUAGACUCCCUAAAUAUAGUCAAGGAUUUAGCAAACAGAUAUUACAUGCAUUUAGAUAUUACAUGCCUAAGCUCCAAGGGAUGCGGGUGGCGCUGUGGGUUAAACCACAGAGCCUAGGGCUUGCCGAUCAGAAGGUCGGCGGUUUGAAUCCCCACGACGGGGUGAGCUCCCAUUGCUCGGUCCCAGCUCC